ACUCUGGGAACAGAGAAAAGAUUCUCCUCUUCGAAUGACAGAAACACAGCAAGAUGUGGCACUUCAGUUUCCUUCUCUUUUGGGGGUGUUGUGGUUUCUACAGCUGGGUAAUAUUCACGUUAUCUCCGUUGGAAUCAAUGGCACAGUCUGGGAAUGAGUGUACAGAUACCACCAUGUGUCCGGCGUAUGCAACCUGCACCAACACUUCAGACAGUUACUACUGCAGUUGCAAAAUAGGCUUUCUGUCCACCAACGGACAGAUGCAGUUCAAAGAUCCAACGGUGGAAUGCCUAGAUAUAGAUGAGUGUUCUCAAAGCCCCCCAGUAUGUGGUCCUCACUCAAUCUGCAAGAACCUGCCAGGGAGGUACAGGUGCAGCUGUUUGACUGGUUUCUCAUCUCCCACUGGAAACAACUGGAUCUUGGGAAAGAAAGGUCGUUUCAUCUGUACAGAUGUAAAUGAAUGUGCCAAUCCCAAAACGUGCCCAGAGCACGCGAUUUGCCGCAACAGUGUGGGGAGCUACUCUUGUGUCUGCAAGCCCGGAUUUGAAUCCAGCAGAGGAAAGAUGAGUGUCCAGGGCCCGGGACAGAUGUGUAGAGAUAUAGAUGAAUGUUCUCAAAGCCCCCCAGCCUGUGGGCCUCACUCCGUCUGCAGAAACCUGCCAGGGAGCUACAAGUGCAGCUGUUUGCCUGGUUUCUCGUCUCCCACCGGAGAUGACUGGAUCCCGGCAAAGGGAGGUGGUUUCGCGUGUGUAGACAUUAAUGAAUGCCUCCAGAGCGGGGUCUGCCCGGAGCAUUCCCAGUGUUCCAACUCCUUGGGAAGCUACAGCUGCAGCUGCCACGUUGGAUUCACCUCUACCAACUCCAUCUGUGAAGACGUGGACGAAUGUACUAAGCCCAGGACGUGCCCCGAGCACGCGACUUGCCGCAACAGUGUGGGGAGCUACUCUUGUGUCUGCAAGCCUGGAUUUGAAUCCAGCAGUGGCAAGAUGAGUGUCCAGGGCCCGGGAGAGAUGUGCAGAGAUAUAGAUGAAUGUUCUCAAAGCCCCCCAGCCUGUGGGCCUCACUCCGUCUGCAGAAACCUGCCAGGGAGCUACAAGUGCAGCUGUUUGCCUGGUUUCUCGUCUCCCACCGGAGAUGACUGGAUCCCGGCAAAGGGAGGUGGUUUCGCGUGUGUAGACAUUAAUGAAUGCCUCCAGAGCGGGGUCUGCCCGGAGCAUUCCCAGUGUUCCAACUCCUUGGGAAGCUACAGCUGCAGCUGCCACGUUGGAUUCACCUCUACCAACUCCAUCUGUGAAGAUGUGGACGAAUGUGCCAAUCCCAGAGCUUGCCCAGAGCACGCGUCUUGCCGCAACAGUGUGGGGAGCUACUCUUGUGUCUGCAAGCCCGGAUUUGAAUCCAGCACGGGCAAGAUGGGCAUCCAGGGCCCCGGAGAGACGUGUAGAGAUGUGGAUGAGUGUUCCAGCAACUCAACUCUUUGUGGUCCUAGUUCUGUCUGUACCAACCUCCCAGGAAAAUACAGUUGCUCCUGCCUGCCUGGGUUCUUUUCACCUGGUGUUUGGAGUCCUGAGAAACCUGAGGCUUUCAAAUGUACAGGGGUUCCCUUCAAAUGUAAAGAAGACGUGAUGCUCAACAAUGAGUGGGUCCAGCUAUGCCAAGAUGGAGCAGCAGUGAAGCCUAAAUACGUUUCCUUUUGUGCAGUAAUGAAUGCCACCUUCAGCGUUCUGGAUGAUGCCUGUAAAAAAACCACCGCUGUUUCUCUGAAGAAUACGGCUGAGAGAUUUGCCUCUGUGAUUGAAAAAACAUUCACACGGUCCAGUUUCACCAAAGAGGAGAUAUCCACCCUGGCCACAGUCUUACUGAAGAGCGUGGAAAGCACCACAUUGGCCUCUUUUCUGAAACCCUCAGCGAAUGUCAGUCAGACCAUUCAGACGGAAUACUUAGAUAUUGAAAGCAAAGUUAUCAACAAAGGAUGCACUGAAGAGAAUGAGACCUUUAACUUGAAAGCGAAAGGGGAUAAGAUGAAGAUUUGGUGUUCCACCAUCAAGGAAUCCGUAUCCACAGGAAUCAGUGGGGUGGCUUUUGUCUCCUUUGAGCAUAUGGAGUCGGUUUUAGAUGAAAGAUUUUUUCAAGACCCUCAGACCCCCUGGGCCAACUCCAAGAGAAAGCUGAAGAUGAAUUCUCGCAUUGUUUCGGGCAUCAUAACAGGGGAGAAGAAAGAGGGAUUCUCUAAACCAGUCAUCUACACUCUGGAGAACAUUCAGCCAAAGCAGAAUUUUGAGAGUCCCAUCUGCGUUUCCUGGAACACAGAUGGGAAGGGAGGUAGAUGGACUCCGUCUGGCUGUGUGACCCUUGAAGCUUCCGAGACACAUACUGUCUGCAGCUGUAAUCAAAUGGUGAACCUGGCCGUCAUCAUGGCUUCUGGGGAGCUCACGAUGGAGUUCGCCUUAUUUGUCAUUAGCCACGUGGGCACUAUCUUCUCCCUGGUGUGUCUUGCCGUGGCCAUCAUCACCUUCCUGCUGUGUCGAACCAUCUGCAACCACAACACCUACAUCCACCUGCACCUCUGCGUGUGCCUCUUCCUGGCCAACUUGCUCUUCCUCACCGGUGCAGACAAGACCCACCACCAGAUUGGCUGUGCCAUCAUUGCUGGCUUUCUACACUACCUUUUCCUUGCUUGCUUCUUCUGGAUGUUGGUGGAGGCUGUGAUGCUCUUCCUGAUGGUCAGAAACCUGAAAGUGGUGAAUUACUUCAGCUCUCACAACAUCAAGAUGCUGCACCUCUGUGCCUUUGGCUAUGGACUCCCAGGGCUGGUGGUGUUUGUCGCCGCCAAUAUCCAUCCACAAGGUUAUGGGAUGUAUAAUCGCUGCUGGCUGAAUACAGAGAAAGGGUUCAUCUGGAGUUUCCUGGGGCCAGUGUGCACAAUUAUAGUGGUCAAUUCCAUCCUCCUGACUUGGACGUUGGGGAUCCUGAGGCAGAAGCUUUCCAGCCUCAAUGACGAAGUCUCGACGCUCAAAGAUACCAGGUUGCUGACAUUCAAAGCCUUUGCCCAGAUCUUCAUCUUGGGGUGCUCCUGGGUGUUGGGCAUUUUCCAGAUUGGACCCAUAGCCGGUAUCAUGGCCUACCUGUUCACUGUCAUCAACAGCCUGCAGGGAGCUUUCAUCUUCCUCAUUCACUGUCUGCUCAACCGCCAGGUACGGGAAGCGUACAGCAGAUGCAUCACUGGGAAGACCAAACCUGGCUCCCAGACCUCCGGGAUCUCACUGUCAUCCGUUCCCUCUGCUUCCAAAACGGGUUAAAGUCCUCUCUUGCUUCCUAAUACACUAUGGAACAGCAUUUUGGGAAAGCAAAUGCCUGCAGAAGUCUAUUCUGAAAUCUUCUCUUCUUGGCUUAAUGCGGAAAUGCAGGAUCCUGUUGGCCCCAGAACUCUGAGCAAUUUGGAGCAUGGAUGGUUGGGGCAGACGUCCCAUGGCUUCAUGCCCUGGCGAGAAACAAGAAUCUCUGCUCCUGGUUACCAUCUUACCUUCUAUGCUCUGCAACUCUUUGACUUUCCAGAGUUUCGAAGACAUCAAAACAGCACAACAGCAGGACCAAGAUCUUCUGGCUACCAUUUUGUUUUCCCCUGCAUUCAUUGAUGCACGACCUUGAGUGUGCCACCCCAGCACCUGUCGCAUGCUUGACACACAGAGUAGCCCUCAAUAAAUGAUGUGUCUUCUGA